AGUUCUCAGCAACUCCACGCCAACAGAGUCACAAGACCAAAACCAAAACCCCUUUUUCCCCUCACACUGGUGCUGGUUGGCUCUACACACACUGAAUGGCCUCUCACCACCAUCACCAGCCUCCUCCACCCACCACCCACAGCUGUUGCAGCUGCCACAACUUUUCUUCUUACACCUGUUGCACACCUCCUCCACCCUACCACCCUUCUCACACCUGUUGCACACCCCCACCACCCCAACACCACCACCACCUUCUGCAAGCCUUUUCAUCACUCCUCUCUCAACCCCAACCACACCUUAUUCCCAUCCCCUCCCAGCAACACUACACCAAAUCCUACACCCAUCAAAAUCUCAAACUCCCCACUCAAAACCACCACCUUCAACACCCACACCAACACCAAACUCAUUCCACCAUCUCCUCACUCCUCGACCGCAUCGAAUCCCUCGAAUCCUCUUUCAACCACUACACCCACCACUCCCUCCGCCACGCCGCCGCGCGCGUCAUCCAAACUCAUUUCCGCUCCUUCCUCGCUCGCAGAUCAAGAACCCUGGCCCAACUCAAACACCUUGCUUCCAUCAAAUCCACAUUCAACGCUCUCAAAUCCUCCUUUUCCAACCAUACCCAUGUCGAUUUCGCAGCGAUUUCUCUUAAAGCCAUGAACUUGCUCCUAGAACUCGAUUCCAUUCAGGGUUGUGAUCCGAUGAUUGUGGAUGGGAAAAGGUCGAUUAGCAGAGAUUUGGUUCAGUUUUUGGACUCAAUCGAAGAGGUUGCUUUGAAAAAACAUGUACUUCAUGUAAAAGCAGGAAAGACUGUGGGGUCUGUCAAGAAAGUCCAAAAGAAUAGAAAUUCAGAUGAUGAUGAGAGGAGGAAGCUGUUGCAGAAUUUGAGGUGUAGAGUUGAGAAGCUUAGUAGAUUGUGUAAGGUUUCUGCUAAUGAUGAAGAAGAUUCAGAGUCUGGGGAGAGCAUUCAUGAUGAUGGUGUAACCAAUGUUUUGAUUGGUGGAAGGAAUGAGGUGUCCCCAAACAAAAAUGGGGUGUGCCUUCUUAGGCGAGGAGAACCUGGAGUGAAGAAGAGUGUGAGGUUUGCUGAGAAUAGGAAUAUUUGUGAGGUUUAUAGUGGGGAUGUGGCAUGUUCAGAUGGAAGUUGUUCAUCUAGUGACGAGCAAGGAGAGGUUUCGGAGAAUGUGAGUGGUGCAGUUGAAGAUAAUGGGGUGGAUUCUUCUCAGGGUGCUGAGGAUCAUGAGGAAGUGUUAGUGUUCGAUAGUGGAGGAUUGCCACAUAGCAGCGAUGAUGGGGAGAGGAACACUAGAAGGCUUUUUGUAAAGGUGGGCAGAAAUGUGGUGAAAGAGCAGCUUCAAGCGCACCAAGAGAAGCUUCUGUUCUCUGCUCCUUUGCCACUUAAGAUGGAAAACAGAAGUGGUUCAAAGAACAGUAAAGGGGUGAAAAUUUUGACGUGAAUGGCCAUGGCUUGAAUCAUGUAAGACUGAGUUUCUGUUUGAUUUGUAUUGUUUAAUUGUAAUCUAGGAGUUUUUUUAUUGGAUUUCAGACUGGUAGAGCUCAUUUGUGUGUCUAACUUGUCAUUGGUUCUGUAGUGGACCUGUAAUCUUCAAUUGUUGUUUACUACUUUUAGUGUAUCACCCUUUCCCCCGACAUUUUUUGAAGCAAUUUCACUUGUUUUCUCAA